CACUGUGGAACUAUCUGCAACAGACAUUUCCUCUCUUUUAAAAGGAUAAGCAGAGAGAAUGGAUCCAACUGAAGAUCCUGACUAUUACUACGAAUACGAUGAGUCAGAAAACUCCUCCAUGUGCGAUUACUCUGAGUGGGCACCAUCCUACUCAGUCAUCCCGGUGCUUUACAUGCUCAUUUUCAUCCUUGGUCUCUCUGGAAACGGGGUGGUCAUCUUCACUGUGUGGAGAGCCCAGGGCAAGUGGCGAGCUGCUGACGUCUACAUCGGGAACCUGGCCCUUGCUGACCUCACCUUUGUGGUGACUCUGCCUCUGUGGGCCGUUUACACAGCCAUGGGCUACCACUGGCCGUUCGGAGUGGCCCUGUGUAAGAUCAGCAGCUAUGUGGUGCUGCUCAACAUGUACGCCAGUGUCUUCUGCCUCACCUGCAUGAGUUUCGACCGCUACCUGGCCAUUGUCCACUCUUUGUCCAGCACCCAGCUGCGCACCCGUGGCCACAUGCGAACCUCCCUGACAGCCAUCUGGGUGCUUUCAGGUCUUCUGGCCGCCCCAACUCUGGUCUUCCGCACCACCAAAUAUGACGAAUCCAGCAACCGUACCUCCUGCGCCAUGGACUUCCACCUGGUGGUGACAAAAACAGACCAGGAAAGCCUUUGGAUUGCUGGUCUCAGCCUCUCCUCUUCAGCUCUUGGCUUUCUUCUGCCUUUCCUGGCAAUGAUGGUGUGCUACUGCUUCAUCGGCUGCACCGUCACCCGCCACUUCAACACUCUCCGCAAAGAGGACCAGCGUAAGAGGAGGCUGCUGAAGAUCAUCACCACGCUGGUGGUGGUCUUUGCCGCCUGCUGGAUGCCCUUCCACCUAGUGAAGAGUGCUGACGCCCUCUCCUACCUGGAAUUAUUGCCUUCCUCCUGUUACUUCCUGCGCUUCUUGCUGCUGGCUCAUCCCUACGCUACCUGCCUGGCCUACGUCAACAGCUGCCUCAAUCCUUUUCUUUAUGCCUUCUUUGACUUGCGCUUCAGAUCCCAGUGUCUGUGCCUGCUCAACCUGAAGAAGUCAUUGCAUGCCAGCCCUGCCAGCUCUCUGUCCUCCCAGAAGACAGAGGCUCAGUCUCUGGCCACGAAGGUGUGACAAAUGCUGAGGGCCCAGAGUCGUGCUGGGGAAGAGGUGAACAAUACAGAACAAUGCAGGUAAAUCAAACCAUUGCAGCGUUGGGCGCUCGCUCACAGAUCGUCUGCAGUCAGUUUCAGGGUGUCACCUUUGCUCCCCUUUGGCUUUGUGGACUACUGUAGGCGUUUGACUGAAUAAGACAGUCAGGUUUGUGAUUUGUGCAUCUAGCCACACUCAAACUUUGGCCUCACUUUCACAAGAAGGGACGUGUGGCAAAAAAACUGAACAACUUAAUACAAGGGACCAAGCAUAAACCAGACUAUGGAAUGUAUUUCUGUUGGUUCUCCUGUGGACAAUGUGCUGAACUAUGAACUCUGAAAAGCUGUCCUCAAGUCACACUGAAGUGUGAAUUACUCAUGCAUUUUUAUUUUGAUCUGUAAGCACUUGAGGUGUGAUAUCUAGCAGACUGCCCUGCUCUCCGGCUCCAAGUGUAAUGUCUGCACCACAGCUAGCAGUGUUACGUCUGUAUAUGUGUGUGCAUCUGAGUGAGUGCAUGUAGGAAGGGUGGGCCAACCGUCGAGGUGUUGGAGUCUGAUAAGAGUGUUGUAAGGAGAG